CUGCGCCGUGCUUGUUUUUCCCGUCCAUGUGUCCAUCGUCAUGCCUCUGCCGUAGCAGCAGCUCCGCGCUACGUUGUGUGUUCGCCUCCAGUUGUCGCUGCACUUUGUUUUGACAGCUGCCUGCUUUCUUUUCUAGAACAUUUUUUUACUGAAGAAUGAGCGAAAACGAUGACAUCGAAGUCGACAGCGAUGCAGACAAGCGAGCACAUCACAACGCGCUGGAGCGCAAACGGAGGGACCACAUCAAAGACAGUUUUCACGGUUUAAGAGACUCUGUGCCUUCAUUACAAGGAGAGAAGGUGAGAUGUAAAGGUGCUUCUCGGGCCCAGAUUUUGGACAAAGCCACAGAAUACAUCCAGUUGAUGAGGAGGAAAAAUCAUACCCACCAGCAAGACAUCGAUGAUUUAAAAAAGCAGAACGCACUGUUGGAGCAACAGGGUACGUUGAGGAAUCCUUCAACUGAUGAUGGCUUUUGUUCUCUACUGUACAUUAACGGUCUUGUGUCAAUCUGUUUAGUCCGUGCUCUGGAGAAGGCCAAAGGGAACUCACAGCCCCAAACAAACUACUCCUCUGACAGCAGCUUGUACACAAACCGCAAAGGGAGUGCGGUUUCGGCCUUCGACGGGGGAUCCGACUCCACCUCCGAAUCAGAGCCGGAUGAGCCGCCCAACAGGAAGAAGUUACGCGUGGAGACCAACUAGACUCCUGGCAGUCGGGAGGGACUGUGUAUCCACCAGCUCUUCUUACCUGUCCGCCUUCUUACACCAGUCAAGGAGAUGAGGUGGAAACUGUCUUAGAGGUGCUGUUACUGUGUGUCCAAAACGCUUCUACCUUGCUGUAUCCUUCGGCCAAGCUUCCCCCUCUUUGUUUUUGUUUCCCUGAAAUGACUUUAAUACCCCUAAAGUGUGGCAGCUCAGCAGUUUUGAAAGAACUCAUGAUCACACAUAGAAAAUGGCACAGCAUGAAGCUUCAGUAAAGCUGCAAAAAUAAACUUUACUUUUGGUUGUUUGGUACAGCCUAUGUAAUCUAUUGAAGCUGCAAAACUUUGUCAGCUUUGUUGAAAUUAUGAUCAGAGAUAGUUUAACUUUUUGAUAUUCAUAUUUUUUCAGAAAAGAAUGUGAAUUGUUGUCAGAUAAAGGUUUCACCUUAAAGAAGCAACACUCUUGAUUCAGUUUAGGUGGCUGAAAUUAUGUCUUGGAAAACAUUGUUUUAGUGACUCCCUCUUUUAAUGCACUAAAAUGUAUUUCAUACCCUUGUAAUGUAUAUUAAUAUGUCUGGUCUCAGUAAUGAUUGGCUUCAGAGUAGACCAACUUCCAGUUUUAGAACAUUUGAGUAUUUAUUUUCCUCUUUUUUUAUCUCAGUAAAUAUAUAUAUAUAAAUGUGGUUUAAAAAUAUCCCUUAAUUAAUAGUGAAUGUUACACAGCGCAGUUGAAGGGCAGUAACCUAUAUUUUUUUUAAUGGAAGUCCAUUUCAGUGUGUUGUAUGUAACACUGUAUAUUCUUUAAUGGUGUCAGUUCUGCACAGAGAAGCCUUCCCUUGAAAUAGUUGCCUGUGCUGGGAAUGUUGAUCUUUAGAAAAUCAGAAAAUAAUGUGUGUAUGUAAUCAAUAUUUGUUCCAUUCCAUGGAAAUUACAGGUAUGUUGUACAUACUGCCAACGGUUGUCUUGCAAGUUAAGGCAUACCUUUAUUAUGAGACUAUAAAUAAAACUAUUUUAUCCUUUUUGGAUGUA